AUGGAGAGGCCGGGCGCGCGGGCCUGGUGGUGCCGCCACUGUCUCUGCCCUACGCCGCCGCGCCGCGCCGCCCGCUGCCUACGGCCAGCAGUGCGCGCAGGGCCUGGAGGCUGCAGGCGCCGGGGGCUACCAGUGCAGCGUGCGCGCCAGGAGCCUGUACACCGGGGCCGAGCGGCCGGCGCACGUGGGCGUCCCCCGCCCCGCGCUGGACGAGGCCCUCUCGGACCACCCGAGCGGCCCCACAUCGCCCCUGAGCGCCCUCAACCUCGCCGCCGGCCAGGAGGGCGCGCUCGCCGCCGCCGGCCAUCACCACCCGCAUCACGGCCACCACCACCCGCAGGCGCCGCCGCCCCCGCCGGCUCCCCAGCCCCAGCCGGCGCCGCGGCCCAGGCGGCGUCCUGGUAUCUGAACCACAGCGGGGACCUGAACCACCUCUCCGGCCACACGUUCGCAGCCCAGCAGCAGACUUUCCCUAACGUCAGGGAGAUGUUCAACUCCCACCGGCUGGGGAUUGAGAACUCGACGCUCGGGGAACCCCCCAGACCCGGGAGCAGAGAGAGCGCGCGCGCCAGCCUCAGCCCUCUGCGAAGCUGCAGAGCCAUUAAUAUAAUAUUUAAAGUUGAGUUCACUGGAUCAUUUCUCAUCUUGCCCGACCAUUUCUAACUGCCAAAGUGAAAAUUCAACAAACCUAUGUGGGGUUUCCCCCCUGUACAAUUACGAGAUAUAAUUCUUUUCCCAGUUGUAGGUCUUUUACAAAACAAGAAAAUAAUUUAUUUUUUGUUGAAGUUGGCGGAUAAAGAAGUCAAGUAUCUGAUACUUUUUAUUUACAAAGUGUGAUGGUGUUGUAUAGUAGAUUCCUCCCCCAGCAUUCCUAAAAGAAAAAAAAAAACAU